AGUCGCAAGAGUCACCUCCGCACCAGAAAGGAAGAGGAGACCGGAACUGAACUCUCUUCCUGCUGAGAUGUCUAUUGGUGUGCCGAUUAAAGUCCUACAUGAGGCUGAGGGUCACAUCGUGGCAUGUGAGACGAACACUGGUGAGGUGUAUCGAGGGAAGCUCAUUGAAGCAGAGGACAACAUGAACUGCCAGAUGUCCAACAUCACAGUCACAUACAGAGAUGGCCGAGUGGCACAGCUGGAGCAGGUGUACAUCCGUGGCAGCAAGAUCCGCUUUCUGAUUUUGCCUGACAUGCUGAAAAACGCACCCAUGUUAAAGAGCAUGAAAAAUAAAAACCAAGGCUCGGGGGCCGGUCGGGGAAAGGCUGCUAUUCUGAAGGCCCGAGUGGCCGCAAGAGGGAGAGGACGUGGAAUGGGACGCGGAAACAUCUUCCAGAAGUGAAGAUAAAUUUAUCUG